ACCGCGUCCCCCGUGUCCCCGCUUCCCGGGACGCCUGAGCGGACACUGGGCACAGGAGGGCAGACACCGCCUGGCUGUGGAUUACACUUCUCCUGCGGCAUGUCAUAUAUAUGUGCAGUGUAAUAGCUGCUCCACAUCUCAGACAUGGCAGACAAGAGGAGGUCACCCUGCACCAUGAGCCUCAAGGCGCACGCCUUCUCUGUGGAGGCUCUCAUCGGGGCAGAAAAACUGCAGAAGAAGAAGCGGAGGAAGCUGGAAGAUGGGGACAGGGAGAGCUCCGAGCAGCCCGGGGGCACUGAGCUCGAGCACCCUGUGUGCAACAUCUUACCCUCCUCUCCCAGCGAGGAUGGCUAUGGUGGAGUUACGGCGGCAGCUGGCACUUGUAGUCCCCCCUUGUCUUCUACUGUGGCCACUGCCCCAGUGGGAACUGCCUCCUCGGUCAUUCGUGUGGAUCUUCAAGGAGCAGAGUUAUGGAAGCGCUUUCAUGAGAUCGGGACCGAGAUGAUCAUCACCAAGGCUGGGAGGCGGAUGUUUCCAGCAAUGAGGGUGAAGAUAUCUGGACUAGACCCUCACCAGCAAUAUUAUAUAGCCAUGGACAUAGUGCCUGUGGACAAUAAGAGAUACCGCUAUGUUUACCACAGUUCCAAGUGGAUGGUUGCUGGCAAUGCAGACUCUCCUGUUCCUCCACGAGUCUAUAUCCACCCGGAUUCCCCAGCAUCUGGAGAGACCUGGAUGAGACAAGUUAUAAGUUUUGAUAAAUUAAAACUUACGAACAAUGAGCUGGAUGACCAAGGCCAUAUUAUUCUUCAUUCCAUGCACAAAUAUCAGCCACGUGUCCAUGUGAUUCGGAAAGAUUGCGGUGAUGAACUAUCUCCAGUAAAACCAAUUCCAGUAGGAGAGGGCGAGAAAGCUUUCACAUUCCCGGAAACAAUAUUUACCACAGUGACUGCAUACCAGAACCAACAGAUAACCCGUUUGAAAAUUGACAGAAAUCCAUUUGCCAAAGGAUUUAGAGAUUCUGGACGAAACAGAAUGGGGUUGGAAGCUCUUGUAGAGUCUUAUGCAUUUUGGAGACCUUCUUUGAGGACCCUUACAUUUGAAGACAUACCUGGUAUUUCUAAACAAGGAAAUGCAGGAGCAUCUUCUUUAUUGUCUGGGCCUGGCGCAGCAACUCAUCCUCACUUAUUGCCAGGUUCCCCUUGCUCUUCUCCAGCUUUCCAUCUUGGAGCAAAUACAAGUCAGCUUUGCAGCCUUUCUCCAGAUUAUUCAGCCUGUGGCAGAUCUAGUCUUGCACUUAACAGAUAUAGCACUUCUCUUGCCGAAACUUACAACAGACUUACAAACUCUACCGGUGAAACCUUUGCAACUCCAAGGACCCCUUCCUAUGUUGGAAUGGGAAGCAGCGCUACAGUAAAUAUGUCCAUGGCAGGAGCUGACAGUGAAAACUUUGGUUGUCCCCAAACAAGCCUAUCAAUGCAAAUUUCAGGAAUGUCUCCUCAACUGCAAUAUCUCAUGCCUUCACCAACAAGCAAUGCUUUUGGCUCUGGGCAGCCACAUCAAAGUUCUUACAAUGCAUUUAGACUUCAUAGCCCAUGUGCUUUGUAUGGAUACAACUUCUCCACUUCUCCUAAACUAGCUUCUAGCCCUGAAAAAAUUGUGUCUUCUCAAGGAAGUUUUUUGGGGUCUUCUCCAAGUGGAACUAUGACUGAUCGUCAAAUACUCUCUCCUGUAGAUGGAGUUCAUCUCCUUAGUGGAACAGGACAGCAAAAUUUCUUUGACUCUAGAGGAUUAGGGGGUCUUACGCUGUCGACAUCUCAAGUAUCUGCACAUAUGGUUUGAUGGAAGCAUUAUUUAAACAAGUAUUUUCUCCCAGUAGUGACCUUUAAAUUAAUUUGUAUUUGUAAAUAUGUAUAUAUAACACUAAGAAUAAUGCACUAACUUACUAUGAAAUAACUUUUUCAAUUUUUUAUUGUAUUUCUUGUAGUUUGCUUACUCACAGAAUAAAUAGCCAAAAAGACACAACCACUUACUUAGCAGAAGUCUUCCACCAAAUAAACGUGUUCAGAUUGAUUGUAAUUCAUAUUUUCAUAUCCAUUCUUAAUGAGUGAACAUUAUUAAAAACAAUGAAAUUGUUUCAUAAUAUAACAAUUUGAGUGACUGUUAUUUUAUAUUAUACUGUAGGUCUAGGCAUUAAAUAAUUCAAUGUAAACCUGCCACACAACCAUUUACAACU